ACCGCGGGGCCCGAGCGUCUGCGCGGCGGCAGCUGCUCUCACCCCGGCCGGACGGAGCGGGCAGCGGGCACCAUGGAGCCCCCCUCGGCCUCUCCCCGAGCAGGGCGCGGCCCCUGGCAGGAGCUCCUGCUGGCCGUCUCACUCUUAACCUUCCAGAACUCGCCCACCACUGCCCAAGUCACUGUGGAAUCUGUGCCUAUUGAUGCUGCCGAAGGGAAGGAUGUGCUUCUGCGUGUCCACAAUCUGCCCGGGAAUCUUCUAGGCUAUGACUGGUUCAGAGAGGAAACUAUCGUAUCAUAUGUAGGAAACACACAAGUGAUUACCCUGGGGCCUGCACGGGGCAGAGAGACAGCCUACCCCAAUAGAUCCCUGCUGUUCCAGAACAUCACCCUGAACGACAUGGGGUAUUACACCCUACAAAUCAUUAAGAAAAAAUUUCAAAUUGAACAAGUACUUGGACAGCUCCGUGUAUUUCCGGAGUUACACAAACCCAGCAUCACAAGCAACAACUCCAGCCCCGUGGAGAAUGCGGAUUCUGUAGUGUUAAUGUGUGAAGCUCAGACUCAGAGCACAAGCUGCCUGUGGUCAGUAAACAGUAAGAGCCUCCCGGACAGUCCCAGGCUGGAGCUGUCCCUGGACAACAGGACUCUCACUGUACAUGGUGUCACAAGGAAUGACACAGGACCCUAUGAGUGUGAAACUCGGAACCCAGUGAGUGCCGAUUGUAGUGACCCAUUCACCCUGAAUGUGCUCUAUGGCCCGGACACACCCACCAUUUACCCCUCAGACUCCUAUUACCAUCUAGGGGGAAACCUCAGUAUCUCCUGCGGCACAGCCACUAACCCACCUGCACAGUAUUCUUAGUUUAUCAGUGGGAGACCCCAGCUAUCCACAUAGGAGCUUAUUAUCCCCAACAUCACUGUAAAUCAUAGUGGAUCCUAUACCUAACUUAUCUAUCAGAAUGGCUCACCAUUAUCUAUCUAUCUUAUCUAUCAGAAUGGCACUUGCCUCAAUAAGACCACAGUCGAGAUUGUCACCGUCUCUGAUAAGUUGGACCAGCCUUGUCUCCAGGCCAGAAAUACCAUAGUCAUAGAACCUAAUAACUCUGUGGUCCUGAUCUCCACAAAUGACACUGGGGUCUCUAUCCAGUGUUCCUUCAAUGGCCAGAGUCUAAAGCUCAUAGAGAGGAUGAAGCUGUCCCAGGACAAGGGCACCCUGGCCAUAUGCCCUGUCAGGAGGGAAGAUGCUGGGAAUUAUAAGUGUGAAGUCUCCAAGGUGGUCACUUCCAGCAAAACUGACCCCCUCAGUGCCAUGGUCCAGCCAGCAGCUCUACAUCCCCGGUGGCGGCAGAGCUGCUCUGUAGCCAAGAGCCUUGCUCAGGGCGCCACAGCCCAGCAGGCUCUGACCCACCUGUCUCACCGCCGCACACUUCUCCUGGCUCCCAGGCUCUUCGUCCUGAAGGCCCCUGUCUCUGCCCCUGGAAGCAGAGGUCAAGCUGUUGACACCCAGGGAUGGGCACUGGACCCUCACCAGUCAUCACCCACGCUGCCCCUUUUUCACCCCCAGAGUCCUCUCUGUGACCUUGCUGCCAGGAGGAAAUCCAUCCUUCCCAGAGCAGAUGAAAGAAGCACCAUGGGCCUCCCUGUGGGGUCCUUCAUUGGCAUUGCAUUUGGGGUUCUGCUCAGAUUAGUAUUCAUGGCCACCGUGGGGUGUCUCCUGCUCUGCAGAAGGACUGGAAGGGUCAGUGCCUGCCAUGAUCUCAAAGAGUUCUGGCGCCCAGCAUCCACCCCUCAUGACCAUGGUCCAGCCAGCAGCUCCACAUCCCCGGACUCCCUGCCCAGCCCCACAGCAGCAGUUCCUAUCUACCAGGAAUUACGACAGCUGGACACAAGCAUUUACCGCCAGAUCAACCACAAAGCAGAAGUGGCUUCUUAGGGCAGCCCGGUGGCU